AUGCAUGGCGAUUUUCACCACCUGCUGCAGGAGCUCAACCGAGAAGACACCAAGGGCUACAAGAACUUCAUCCGCAUCAAACCUGAACUUUUCGGAGAGAUGGUGGACCGGCUUACUCCAAUCCUCGCCAAAAAAGCCACCAGAAUGAGAGAGCCCCUGUCAGUGGGGUUGAAGUUGGCUGUCACCCUCCGAUUCCUGGCAUCCGGCGAUUCAUAUACGAGUCUGCAAUACAGCUUCAGGGUCUCCAAAACCGCCAUCUGUAGAUUCGUACCUAAAGUCUGCCAGGCCAUAAUUGACAUAUACAAACCUGAGGUGCUCAAGUGCCCAAGAACUCCAGAAGAAUGGAAUCAAGUUGCCGAAGGAUUCUCAAAGAGGUGGAACUAUCACAAGUGUGGAGGUGGUCUGGAUGGCAAGCAUGUUCGAGUGAAGAAGCCCUGGCAUGCAGGAUCACUGUUCUUCAAUUACAAGAAGUUCCACAGCAUUGUCCUCAUGGCCGUCGCAGAUGCAAACUACAAGUUCCUGUACGUCGACGUAGGUGCUGAAGGAAGUGCUGGUGAUGGAGGAACUUGGUUCAAGUGCACCCUUCACGAUGCCAUCGCGCAGAAACGAGUGGGAUUUCCAGAGCACAGCUUCCUGCCGAGUGACGACACCCCAAUCCCAUUCCACAUUGUUGCUGAUGAUGCCUUCGCCCUCAAGACCUGGCUUAUGAAACCUUACUCACAUCAAUCCCAGGUAUACGAAGAAAAAAUCUUCAGCUACAGGUUGUCUCGCGCCCGUCGUGUGGUGGAAAAUGCUUUCGGUCUCCUGCAGUCACGAUUUAGAGUCUUCGGCACUACCAUGCUACAACGACCUGCAGUUGUCAAAAUUGUCACCAUGUGUGGGUGUGUGAUGCACAACCUGAUAUUGAACCGCUACUCAAAUUUUCAUCCCCAAGAAGUCGACUGCGAAGAUGGUGACCAUAACGUGAUUGAUGGAUCGUGGAGGAACAUACCAAAUCUGAUGCAACGCCUCCAAACUCGACGGGGAACAAAUCCAACGAGAGAAGCAAAGGCCGUCCGAGACUACCUGGCUUUGUACUAUGCAUCAGAAGCAGGCGCAGUUCCCUGGCAAGAAAGGAUGGUAUAUCCAAGAGGACGACCAGCAGACGAACAAAGGAUGGAGCAAUAA